AUGGCUGACGACAAGCUGAAGCUCAAAUCUUCCCAGGGCGAGAUCUUCGAGGUGGAGCCGGAGGUUGCCACCAUGUCGACGCUCAUCAAGAAUAUGGUGGAGGACAGCGGAACUGAUGAAGAGAUCCCGUUGCCCAAUGUCAAAACUGCGAUCCUGAGCAAGGUGAUUGACUACUGCAAGUACCACAAGGACAGCCCACCGGAGGAAAUUCAGAAGCCGCUGAAGAGCACGAACCUGGUCGAGUGCGGUGUCUCAGAGUGGGACAACGAGUACGUGAACAUUGAGCAGGAGGUGCUUUUUGAGCUGAUUUUGGCGGCCAACUACCUGGACAUCAAGAGCCUCCUGGAUUUGACCUGCGCCAAGGUGGCUUCAAUGAUCAAGGGCAAGAACACUGAAGAAAUCCGCAAGCAGUUCAACAUCGUGAAUGACUUCACUCCAGAAGAGGAAGCCCAGGCAAGCGUGUUUGAUGCCCCAGCGUUCGUGAAGAGAAUCGCUGGUGCGAAGACGCAUAGCGGCAGAGCGGCACUCCUGCAUCGCAUAGUGUUGGCCGCAUUGCAGCCCGCGUUUCGGAUGGACUGUUCACCCGUGCCGCGCCGCAUGCGUUUGCACUUGGCGCCGGGCCUCAAUUGGCCUGGCAGCACGUCAAAAGAAGCGUGCUCAGAGGCUCAGGAGGCCAUGCCCUGCCUGACACGCGCCCGCAGGAUGGCGGAGGACAAGCUCAAGCUGAAGUCGUCCCAGGGUGAGAUUUUUGAGGUGGAGCCAGAGGUGGCCACCAUGUCGACGCUCAUCAAGAACAUGGUGGAGGACAGUGGAACCGAUGAAGAGAUCCCACUCCCGAACGUCAAGACGGCCAUUCUGAGCAAGGUCAUCGACUACUGCAAGUACCACAAGGACAGCCCACCGGAGGAAAUUCAGAAGCCGCUGAAGAGCACGAACCUGGUCGAGUGCGGUGUGUCAGAGUGGGACAACGAGUACGUGAACAUUGAGCAGGAGGUGCUCUUUGAGCUGAUUUUGGCGGCCAACUACCUGGACAUCAAGAGCCUCUUGGAUCUGACCUGCGCCAAGGUGGCAUCCAUGAUCAAGGGCAAGAACACCGAGGAGAUCCGUAAACAGUUCAACAUUGUGAAUGACUUCACGCCGGAGGAGGAAGCCCAGGUGCGGGAGGAGAAUCGCUGGUGCGAGGACGCGUAG